AUGCGCACCACUCACUUGCGCUUGAUAUGCAACGCCAACGGCUUCCUAUAUUUAGAAACAAAGACCACAUAAUUUACUUAUUGGAGAAAUAUCAAACCCUGGUUCUGGUGGGUGAAACAGGCUGUGGUAAAAGCACACAAGUGCCUCAGAGCACCUUGGGAUAAUGGCACGAUAAACCAAACCGUCUCCAAGGAGUCUGCGUGCGUUGUUGCGUGCAUGCGGUUCAACGGACGAAUUCAAGUCUAACGUCGUCGUCGUCGACAGUGGCCGGUUAUCAGUGCGCCAUAUCGUCGGAACGGCACAUCGCGACAUAUAAAGAAACUGAUCCAUCGGAAGCGCGCUAUGUAUAUCUCAACAUCACUUUAUUAACUUAUACUUGCCGUAUAUAUCAGUGUUCUCUGCGACACAAUCAACGCUGCGUCGAGGUGGGAACUCGAACGAUCGCACGAGACGGACACGAUCAGUGGACUCGCAUGUAUCUGGGGAGAAAAAGGGACGGAGAGGAGGAUCAUCCUGAAGAACAACAGCACGGCGGCCGAUCCAACACGGCGCCGCGACAGUCUUCACGAUCCUUUGCGAAAUUCUCGUGACACAUCUAGAACGAUCCUGAUAGCGCUGAGUGACGGAGGGAGUAGCCGUUAGCCAUGAUUGCCGAUAGCAAUAAUAGUAUGGGAAUUUAUAAUGCUAGUGACAGUUUCGGAUAAUGAUCGCAACGAGGAGCAGUAGUAUGCAAGGCAUGCAAGACGUUGCAGCGAAGGGAAAUGAAAAAGUCGGUCCUAAGAUCAGAUGAAGCGUAGCAAUAAUAGUCGGUCACCGGUGAAGUAAUAACGCGAGGGCCUUCACUCCAAACGGUAAAAGAUCGUGUCCCGCAAGAUGUUGUGCUCGCCAGCGUUCACCAACCGGGCCUGCCUGGCGCUACUGCUGUUGUCGCUGCUGUACUUUCUCGGAAUGGACUUGCUGCUUUAUUUCAGGACGCAGAAUUACGACGUGCGGCCGCGCACAAACGACACGCACGGUGGCGCGCCAUAUCAUUCGCCGAUCUUGUGCGAGAUGGAUCCGAUCUGCCUGGUGACGGUGAAGGCGAUAAUGCUGGACCAUCCAAAUCAUUUUGUCCUCAGUCCUCUGGCGUCCUUGGUGGACUACUUGUUGGGCAUCAGCAAGUGUUGGACGUGGCUGUCACCGAACGCCAUCAGCGCCUUCCACGUGCUGGUCGCCGUCUUCGGCGCUCGCUACAUCACGCGGAGUUCCCUCGCCCACAGACGACUGGGAGUGCUUCUCUUUCAAGUCCGUGCCUGGCUGGACAAUCUGGACGGCCACGUCGCCCGGCAGAGACUCAACGUGGAGGGCGAGCGCUCGGACGUCGGCUCCGUCGGCUAUCUGGUGGACGGAGUGUGCGACGGACUCGGCUGCAUCGCGCUCGUGGUCGCGGUGUUUUUCCUGCUAAAGCGCAGCUCCAACCGCCGCGCCGGCUACGAGCGCUUGUCCUCGAAUCGCAAGUCUACCGCGUCCUUGGCGACUCAGCGCGACAACGGCGUCUCCUCACCGAAGAUCUCGUUCUGGAACUCGCCUUUGUAUCAUAUGCUGCUGGUCGGCGUGCACUUCCUUUUGACAAGCGCCGUGUGGAAUCGCUACAUAUCCGUGUAUCAAGAUCUCCUCGAGACCGAUGACAGACCACCUCUGGUCACCAAGGAGCAGUUCUACGCCAGACAGACUAUCGUCCUCAGGAGCCCCCUUUUCUGGGCGGUCGCUCUCGGCUGGAGGAUCUUCAACUUCCACGCGGCUAUGGAUUAUAUGCAGCUAGCGAUAUUCCUCGAUCGCAUUUGGGAGUACAUCAGGCUCAUGCGCUGGCCGGCAUACGUUAUUCUGCUGCUACUUAUGUUUAUCAGCGAACUCCACUACUUACAUGUCUAUACUUACGUGCAGACGGUACCGUCAGUCACCAACGUUUAUACGUUCCUCGCCAACACGCUUGCCCCUCGAUGACAGUAGUUUUCUACUACUAAACAUCUCGCGCUCUUCUAUCUGUUCAAUAGGAAUUUCCUAAUUGAGAACAGCUACUUUUAAACCGUCUUUCAAAUCCUUUUGGAUAGGUUAUCGGGUGUUUUUAGUUCGCAAACUUUCCGUGGUUUUUCAGUAGGUAUCUCAUUUUCGAGGCCACUCUCGAAAACUAUCGAGAGAUUCAAGACAGUUUGAAAAGGAAAGUUCUGCGAUUAAGUCUCCGCGAAACUCUAAUAUUGUGAUGGCUAUUGUGAUGGUUGUAAUUGUUUUUUAAUGCGUGUGACGGUGACACUUGAUUGCAAUUCUUUUUUGCGAUGGUGUCGUAAAACGUACGCAUAUAUUUUUAAAUAUAUAGUGAUAUAGUGAUGAAAUUUUCUUAAUCAAGAGAGAAAGAAAUUAGUUUAGUAUGUUAAUUAUGCGCCUUUGAAUUUACAUAUUUACGGCUCUAACAGCGAUAGACAUAUUACAUCUUGAUGAAAGGUUAACAUAAAAUACAAUGUUAUCAAAUCGAAGAAAAUUGCUGAAGGCGACAAAGCUGACGAUGUGUUAUACCAAUUUCCAUAUUAUCUUUCGAUUCAUAUGUUAAUGAGCCGCUUAAUAUGUUAAUGAGCAAGUACAAAAAUAACGUUUUAUCUGUGUUGGGUACUCUGUGUUGUUGAUUUUAUUAUUUUAAUGUUAUGUUAUCAUUUAUAAAUUGUAUUAGUAUGUAACACACACUGGUACUUUAUUACACACACACACACACACACACACACACACACACACACACACACACACACACACACACACACACAC